CCGGCUCAGUGCAAAUUUGUCAUUCAAUCGUGUCUGCAGUGCACCGUCGCUAAGCGUACGAAAUUCGUUCGGCUCGUGUGCGUGUUCCCUCAACAUUCCCGUUGCCAAAUUUACGAAUUCAACGAAAUCUAUUAAACCAAAAAAAUAUUCAAUUCGUCUUAUUGAAUUUGCUUAUUGGUCGGCAGCAGCUCGUCAUUUGGCUAACAUACAUACUUACGGCAUAUACUUGUCUAUAUGCAUGUAGUUUGUGUAUUUGUUUGUUAGACGAUUGCGUCCGUUAUAUGAUUACCGCUUCGCUUGUUGUUGUACUUGUAUUCUCCUGUUUUGUUUUGUUAUUGUCUCGGUAUUCGUGCGCGCGCGUUAAUCGCUGACGCUUCGUCGAACUCGUCUCGUCUAAGCUGUUGAGUUGCUCUUUAGCUCGGCCGGCGUUGUUGGCUUUGGCUUUAGGCUAUCGGCUGACGGACUAUCAGUGCUGCAUUGGCAUUUUCGGCUGCGGGGACUCUACUACUUUUGCACUGCAUUGCAUAAAAAUUAGUUCAGUGAAGUGAACGGCUUCAGCAAGUGAGUGUCGCGCGUGAAUGCAUCCGAAUCGAGUGGAGUUUAUUGGCAAAGCAUAAUAUUUGAAUAUAACGGCAUUCUAGUAAGAAACUAACCAAUAACUGAGUCGGACUAAGUGCUACAACGCCAUAUAGGAUUAAACAACAAUUAUAAAUUUAUUGGAUUAACACAUUUAUAACGAUGACGUUUACACCAACACCAGUACGACGCCUAGUCGCUGUUUCUGCCUUAUUACUGGUCCUCAGGCACGUGAAUGCUGAAGGUUAUCAUUAUGGGCCACCAUCAGCACCGGCACGUCCUCCGCCGAACAGUAAUUCAGGCCAUUUCUUUGCACCAAUUCCAACUAUAGCGCCACUGCCACCGGUACCAACUCUACCAGCAUUGCCCACCGGACGUCCACGUGUACAGAAUUUCUUGCCUGCACCACCAGCACGCACACAAACGCAAACACUUCUUCAAGUGCACCCCGCAUCAUCUGGAGCACCACGUCCAGCGCCACCACAACAACUGCGUCCGUCCGGCCCUUACAAUGGGUUCGCUGGCAAUUUUGGUGAUCGCCAACCAGCACAACCACAACAAGGAGGUGGCUAUCAUUAUGGUCCUCCUACCGGAUCAGCGCCUUCCGCACCAUCAGCGCCCGGACGUUUCCCUCCCACUGGUCCCCUUCAGCCACAACCUGUGCGUGUGCCAUUCGGUCAACAACCGAUUUAUAAAUUUGGCAACGAUCUCGGUCCCGACGGUAAUUUCUACGUGGUCAAUGGACGUCAGCUGAAGCAAUACGCCGUAGUGGAAUAUGUUGACAACGAUAUCUCACAGGACACCAAGCCAUUCCUCUCACAAUCUUUCGUGAAUAAUUAUCGCGCACUUGUGGGCGCUUCUGGCACAGGCGCUAUUGCACCACUACCAUCGGCUAUGCAAUUGGAUUCCACCGCAGAUGCGAUUUUACGUGAGCAGCAGCGACUCGAAUUCAGAGGUGCCACCUCACGUGGCGACACAAUCGCUUUGGGUUCGGGCGGCAUCGGUUUUGUACGUCUCCCCGAUGGCAGUGUGACUUUGGGUUCGGGCUCGCUAAACUUCGUCACUGGCCAGCAGCAUUUGGCUGAUUUGAGAGACGCGCGUACACGCUCUGAGUCACAAUCCGAUCCACUACAUUUCGGUCAUGGACCACUGGAGUUUACAAACAACCGUUUUCUAUUCAAGUGAGCAGAGUGAUAAAUGAUGACUACUAUUGGGACGUGUUGCCUUAAGUACACAAUUGCUUACUGUCACUCACUCGCUUGUUUUUUAAGAAAUUUUAAAUUUAUUUUCUUAUAAUUUUUGUUUAUUCACCACUUUUGUUCUCUUGUAAAAUAUUGCUGCCAACUUUAGAUGUAAGUUAUUGAGAGGAAUAAGCAUGGUGAAGCAACUGUAUAUAUGUAUUUUUGCAUAAAUAUAUAAAAUUUUAAUUAGUUGACCUACGAAGCUUAUGUACACACGGUUGUAUAUAUAUACAUACUUGCCUAUAUUAAAAUAAAUAAAUAAUAUUUAAUAAA